GUCAACAAUGGAGAACCUGAGACCAAAGAUCUUCAUAGGUGAGGGUGCCCUGCUCUGCACGCACACAGAGAUGGAAGCCUAGGACCUUCUGAUCUGGCUCUUUGGCACAGCAUGUGAAAAUAAACCAUGUUUACGACUUCUAGGGACGUGCAGGAAUGGUACCUCCCCAGCUGGAGGAUAGAACCAAAGUACUCUACUAAAGUCCUCAUCGGAAACUGGCUGGAGGAAAGGAAAAAGUAUAUAAGAGACCAUGGGGAAGUUGGCAAGAGCAUCUAUAGGCGAGACUAUGUUCGCUUCCCAGGGGAGGUACCAGACCGUACCAUGAUGAGAAAAUAUAUGAAGAAACUGGACGGCCUGCCCAAGCAGUACCUGUUGACCCAUCAUGGAGAGCCAAGCCACCGGAACCUUGUAACACAAUAUGAUGACCAGUACAUCAGACAUGGCUAUAACCCGCUGCUGCCACCUCUUCGCAAAUGGAGCAGACACAAAAUGGCCUGGCUGCCAGAGAGAUCAGACUACCCAGUGGCUGAACCUCCCACUAACUAUGGACUUUUUGAACACCUUGUGAAAAAGUGGAGUCACAGAGAUCCUGAGGUGAUGAACAGCGUGUACACCAUUUCCUAUGUCAAGCCUCCAGUUACUGCUUAUCCAGAACGCCGAAGGCCCAUCACCACUCGUGUCUUCAAAUCCACUCAGAAGCAAUGGGUGCCAAGGAGCCUGGAUCCAUAUCUCUGAAAGGGUGCUGAACUUUCCUGUUUCCAUACAACAGCAGAUUAAAUGCAUCACCUGUA